AAGCAAUGCCGCACAAAAUUUCUUCUCCUCCUUCCCUUCUUCCAUCGCACUGAGCAAUGGCUUCGACGUCGUCCUCUACCACGACGAUUCCGGUGCCGGAGUUCCAGGCGCAGGGAGCGCCGGCGUCGGGGGCCUCCGGGCGACGGCCGGGGUCUCUGGGGCCGUUCUUCGCGGUGAUGUCGGUGCUGCUGAUCCUGACCGUGUUCUCCUGCGUCUUCGGGCGGGUCUGCGCGUCGAAGGCGGAGGCGCCGGACGCCUCGUACGACUGCUCCAGGUGGACCCGGAGGCGAUGGCGAUGGCGGCGGAGCUUCGUCUCCGGCGAAUCAAAGGCGCCACCGGCGUCCAUACCUUCCCCCGAUCCGCAACUGCAGCCUUGAGCUACGUACUUCGAUCCACUCAACUGCUUAAACUUAAUUUCGAGCCUCAGUGAGUUCAUUAGGAUUCGCGAGUUGACUUCAAUUACUUCGUUAAUAUACAUGAAUAAGAUCACGGCACCCAUGCCAAGCA